GGCACAGUGGGACAGCACUGAAAGAUGGGUGACUCUGAGGAAGACAGAGUACAGCAACUGAGUUCCCUGGAUGAGGAGCACCUGAUAGCCAGCAGCACCAGAUACUCCCUCCAAGGCUUCAGAUUUCAACCUCCCUACAUCCUCAAGAAAGCUGCAGGGUAUCUGUGCCAUGGCCUUGUUCCCUUCGUGCUGCAGCUGAUCUGCCUCACACUCUGUGCUAUCCUCCUGCUGGCUAUCCUUAUCAAAGUCUCUAAUGUUGCCUACUCCCAGGGACAGGAACAGGCAAAGAAGGAGAAGGUAUACCAGGAUGUGGCCCAGCUGAAGCCUCAAAUAAACCAUCUGUGCCGCCCCUGCCCCUGGGACUGGACAUUCUUCCAAGGAAACUGUUACUUCUUCUCCAAGUUCCAACAGAACUGGAAGGACUCUGUCACCAGCUGCAGAAAACUGGGUGCUCAACUAGUGGUCGUCAAAAGCGACGAUGAGCAGAGCUUCCUGCAACAGACAUCUAAAGAGAAAGGCUAUGCCUGGAUGGUCCUGUCAGACCUGAAGCGUGAAGGCAUAUGGCACUGGGUGGACGGCUCACAUCUGCUCUUCAGUUUCACGAAAUAUUGGAACAAAGGAGAGCCCAACAACGAAUGGGAAGAAGACUGUGCGGAGUUCAGAGGCGAUGGCUGGAAUGAUGCCCCAUGUACAAAUAAGAAAUACUGGAUCUGCAAGAAGUCUGCUCUGUCCUGCACUGGGAAAUGAUAUGUCAUCUGUCUGCAGCACCUGUUGCCAAGAUGACCCUGCAGGGUGACUGAACUUAACUUGCAAUCUAUGCCAGUUCCUUCCUCUGUGAACAUGAAGUUCUUAGCUACAGCUGUUUCCUCAUUUGUCUUCUCUCUCUCUCUCUCUCUCUCUCUCUCUCUCUCUCUCUGUGUGUGUGUGUGUGUGUGUGUGUGUGUGUAUGUGUGUGUGCCUGUGUAUCUGUGUGUCUGUGUGUGUGUGUGUGUGUGUGUGUGUGUGUCUGUGUGUUUGUGUUUUAAAAAGCCAAGCUCAGGUGUCUUCCUUGGUGUCUAUCUCUAUCUCGUAUUUUGCAUUUUUACCCUGUUGAUACUGGCCAAUUUUGCUAGGAAGGGCUGGCCAGCACACCACAGGAAUCCUCCUGUCUCUGCCUCCUCAGUAACUUGGAGGAGUUACUAGCCUUUUAUAAUAUGGGGGUUGAGUCACACACUGGCGCUUAAGAGACAGUGAUGAUGGGGCUGCUGUGUAGCAGGAGGGAUCCCUAGAAAUAGGGUACUGUUGAACUGCUAGGUAGGAGGCCCUUUAAAGGACAUAUGGCUGGAGUGGGGCAUAAGGAAAGGGUGAGCUGGUCAAUCCAGAUGGCCCACCCACAAGGCAUUAGGCACCUCCUUGUCUAGUUAUGUCUUCACAGCUUCUAGACAGAGGUGAAGAACAGGAAGGAGCCAGGACACAGAAUUCCCUUUUGUCAUUCCUGGCCCCCAGCAAGGACAUUCUGGAAACAGUUACAUCGGGGGUCCCUGCCCUAUAUAUGCGUCUAUAUCCCCACCAGAACAAAAUUAAGGCUGUACCCAUUAAGCAAGGGGUCAUACAAAUCCCUGGAAAUCUCUAUUCCCUUUCAAGUCUCUGUAAAACUGACGGCUUGAGGGUCCUCCUGCAAACAAAAUUCUGCAACACCUUUCUUUCCACAGCUAGCUUGUUUUGCUUUGCGUGAUAUCCCUAAGACCCACAGUGUGGAGUCUAGCAUACAUUUUCUUAUUCACCCCUAAAUAUUAUUCCAUUGUGGGCUGGACCUAGCCCCUCCUCCCCUGCUCACACACAUAUGUAGCAGAUAUGCAGUUUGGUCUUCAUGAGGAUCCCCUAACAACUGGGACAUGGCAUUGGGGGUGAGAGUCCCUGACUCUGUUGCCUGCUUGUAGAUCCUGUUCUCCUAACUGGGCUAUCAUAUCUGGCCACAGAGGGAAAGGAUAUGUCCAGUCCGCACUGACUUGGUGUGCUAGGGAGGGUUGGUACCCAGGAGGGUCUCCCCCUUCUCAGAGGAGAAGGAAAGUGGGCAGAGGGGAAGGAAUAUGUGAAGGGGAUGUUGGGAGGAGAGGGGUCACCAUCAGGAUGUAAAGUGAAUAAAUAAAUUAAUUAAUGGGAAAA